UCAUAAAGCAAUAUGCAUCAUCCUUCCCGACGAACUCUGUUUCUUCUUUCCUAUCUCCUAGCUUUGACAUCAUCUUAUCGCUCUACAGGUGCGAUUUCCAUUAGAGAAGCUGCAACCUUGCCCUCCACUCCACUGUCAGCCAAAGCAAAAGCUGAUCGCCAAGCUCUCCUUUGUUUUAAGUCCCAGCUCUCUGACCCCGCUGGAUCUUUACACUCUUGGGGCAGCAAUGAAUCACUCCAUUUCUGCAACUGGCGUGGCGUCACCUGCAGCAACACACGGGUGUCUCGUGUCAUUGCAUUGGAUUUGGAGAACUCCCAGCUCUCUGGUACAAUAUCUCCGUGCAUCACAAACCUCACCUUUCUUCGUGUGAUAAACUUGCAGAAUAAUAAACUCCAUGGGCAAAUUCCCUCAGAGCUCAGGCAGCUACAGAGACUCCAGUACCUCAACCUCAGCACCAACUUUCUCGGUGGCAGUAUCCCCGGCUCAUUAGGUAGUAUCCCAUUCCUUGAGUAUCUUGAUAUAAGGAAGAAUGACCUCACAGGUCAAAUUCCAGUAUCCUUAGGCAAUAGCUCUUCAUUGAAAUCACUUAACCUUAGGCAAAACAAUCUCAGUGGGGAGAUUCCACCAUUUAUUUCCAUGGGCUCAUCACUAGUCCGCAUAGAUCUCUGGCAAAACAGCCUUAGUGGGAACAUACCAUCCUCACUGAGCAACCUUUCUUCCCUAGCAUAUCUCUACCUUGCUGAUAAUAACCUGGUUGGGGGCAUCCCGGAGAGUUUGGGUCAUAAACAAAGCCUACGAGGAUUAGCCCUUGCAGCAAACAAGCUCACUGGCACAGUGCCACCAUCUAUUUACAAUAUUUCAUCACUAACAUUUCUUUACAUUGGCAAUAACUUACUCCAUGGACGGUUGCCACAUGGCAUCGGAGGCUUCCUUCCAAACAUUCAAUCAUUGAUCUUUGAAGAUAACUAUUUUGAAGGGCUAAUACCAGCUUCACUUGCUAAUGCCACAAGUCUAACAGUUCUUGAUCUUGCCAUCAACUCAUUUUCGGGCUCAAUACCAUCUUUAGGGUCCUUGAAAAAUCUUCUAUAUUUAGAUUUCAGCUAUAACCACCUGGAGUCUAAUGAUUGGAACUUCUUAUCUUCUUUGGGUAAUUGCGUUCAACUGACAGAACUAUGCCUACAGUCUAAUAGCUUGGGAGGAAGCUUGCCAAGUUCAGUUGGAAAUCUUUCCACCACAGUUUACACUUUGUGGCUAAGCAUGAACAAGAUAUCUGGAACCAUACCUCUUGAGAUAGGAAACCUCAAGAUACUGAAUAAUCUUAUGAUGCAUGACAAUAUUAUCUCAGGAAGCAUACCCUCUGCUAUUGGAACUCUUCACCACUUGACCAUCCUAAGCUUGUCCGGAAACAAUCUGUCUGGCUUGAUUCCAGAUUCUUUUGGCAAUCUUGUGCAGUUGAAUGAACUUUAUUUACAACAGAACAACCUGAAUGGGACUAUACCUGGGAGCUUAGGUAAAUGUCAGAAUUUGCAAAAGCUAAACCUUUCUCACAACUCGCUGAGUGGGAGCAUACCAACUGAGCUCCUACAGAUUUCCUCACUCUCUAAAGGUUUGGACAUAUCAUAUAACAACCUAACUGGAUCUAUACCACAAGAAGUAGGAGCACUCAUUAAUCUUGGCCUUCUUAACAUAUCCAAUAAUCAGUUGUCCAGCCAAAUACCAUCGACACUUGGCCAAUGUAUUGUGCUGGAGACCCUACAGAUGGAGGGAAACUUUCUUGAAGGGAGUAUUCCACUUUCUCUGAUGAAUUUAAAAGGCAUCAAAGAGGUGGAUCUUUCUCGAAAUAAUCUGUCAGGAGAAAUCCCAGAUAUAUUUACACCCCUCGCUUCCUUGGAGUAUCUCAACCUAUCAUUCAAUGAUUUCACUGGUGCAAUACCAACAACUGGUGUCUUUGAAAAUGCUAGCAAGGUGUCGGUUGAGGGAAACAAGAGAUUAUGCACAAGGACCCCCAUGCUAGGACUGCCCAUUUGCACUGAAGAACACAGAACAAAGCACAAGUCCUUAACAAAACAGAUAGCCAUCCCAGUUGCUGUCAUGGGAACAAUAUUACUAUCAUGCUUUAGCAUUGUCCUUCUGAAAAAAGGUUCAAAAACAACAAAUCGUUGCUCCAAUGAGAGGGUGAACGUGUCAUAUGAAGACAUUAUCAAAGCAACAGAUAGGUUGUCUUAUGACAACAUAAUCGGUUCAGGUUCAUUUGGAACCGUGUACAAGGGCACAUUAGAGGACACCAAGAAUCCAGUUGCAAUCAAGGUCUUCAACUUAAACUUAUAUGGAUCAUCUAUGAGCUUCAUUGCAGAGUGUGAAUCCCUUAGAAACAUUCGGCAUCGGAAUCUUGUUAAAGUCAUCACUUCAUGUUCCACUAUAGAUUCUAAUGGCGAUGAAUUCAAAGCUCUCAUAUUCAAAUACAUGCCCAACGGAAGUUUAGAUAUGUGGCUACACCAAAGAUCAGACAUGCAUAGCCAUAAGAGGUUUUUGACCCUGCAUCAGCGUAUAAGCAUAGCUACAGAUGUAGCAUUUGCUCUUGAUUACCUUCAUAACCAAUUUGGCCAUCCAUUAAUUCAUUGUGACCUGAAACCACAGAAUAUUCUUUUGGACGAGCACAUGAGUGCAUGUGUCAGUGACUUUGGGCUUGCGAGAUUCCUGUGCACAGACCAUAGGUUUGGGGGUGACAAUUCUUCAAGCUUGGCUGGACUCAAAGGUUCCAUUGGAUAUAUUGCACCAGAGUAUGGACAGGGAGGACAAGUUUCAACCCAAGGCGAUGUCUAUAGCUACGGAGUGCUGUUACUAGAAAUACUCACUGGAAAGCGACCUACCGAUGAAACAUUCCAGGAUGGCCUGAGCCUUCACAACUUUGUGAAGUCGGCCUUCCCAGAUAAAAUCGGCAUGAUACUGGACCCCAUUAUAGUGCAAGAGAUAAUGGCAGGUGCAAAUCAAACAAUCCUGGCCAUGCAGAGUUGCAUCAUCCCCCUAAUCAAGCUAGGACUAUCGUGCUCCAUGGAGUCACCGAAAGACCGACUGCCUGCAGAACACAUUUCUUCUGAAGUUCACGCAAUCAAAAUUGCAUUCUCAAACAUAAACGGUAGAGGGUGAAAAGGAAGUGUUCUGUAUAAAUGGC